AUCAAAAUUCCUUCUCUUUCUCUCCCACUACAACCAUUAAUAUCACUGAUAAGUGAUAAAUCUACCCACAAACGAAUCUCAACCCUCGAGAUUCCAUGGAUCUCUUCUCUCUCCAGUCUCUCCUGCUCUUCUUUCUCCUCUCCCUCUAUCUCUAUCUCCACUUCCAUCCUUCAUGCAAGAAAUCCAACUCCAACGCAGGCUUCAAAAUCUAUCCUCUCAUCGGAACUCUACCGGAGUUCAUAAAAAACCGUCACCGUUUCCUCGACUGGACCACCGAUGUCCUCAGCCGCACCCCCACUAACACUGCUACCUUCUACCGCCCCGGAAAGGUUAACGGCAUAAUCACUGCAAACCCAUUAAACGUCGAGCACAUGCUCAAGGCCAACUUCGAGAACUACCCCAAAGGCGACCGUUUCAUCGCCUUAUUGAAAGACUUCCUCGGCCAAGGCAUCUUCAACUCCGACGGCGAUCUGUGGAGGGUCCAGAGGAAGACCGCAAGCUUCGAAUUCAAUACAAAGUCUCUCCGGAGCUUCGUCAUGGAGAACGUGAAGGCGGAGAUAGAGACCAGGUUGAUUCCUCUGUUGAAGAGAGCUAGCGAGACGAACCAAAUUCUUGAUAUCCAAGACAUUCUAGAGCGAUUCGCGUUCGACAACGUCUGUAAAUUAGCAUUCGAUAUCGACCCCGUUUGUCUCGGCGGCGACGGCACCACCAGCGGCGAGUUCAUGCAAGCGUUUGAGGAGGCCGCGAGGUUGAGCGCCGGCCGGUUCAUGUACUUGUUCCCCUUCUUGUGGAAGGUAAAGAAAGCGCUGAAUAUAGGAUCCGAGAGAAGACUGAAGCAAGCCAUCUCGACCGUUCAUGAUUUUGCAGACAAGAUCAUAUGGUCAAGAAUGGAAAACAGAAGACAGAAGCAAAACAACGAUGAUCUACUCUCGCGAUUCAUGGAAGACGAGUUUAACUCGGCCGAGUUCCUGCGUGACAUUGUCAUAAGCUUUAUACUUGCAGGACGCGACACGACAUCGUCGUCACUUGCUUGGUUCUUCUGGAUACUGUCCUCCAGACCCGACAUAGAGCGAAACAUACUAGACGAACUCGAAUCGGUUCGGGCUCGGAAAGGGAAAUGUAUCGGCGAUACGUAUAGCUACGAUGAGCUACGAGAAAUGCAGUACCUACAAGCGGCGCUCUCAGAAGGGUUGAGACUGUAUCCUCCGGUGGCGGUGGACACAAAGGCGUGUCGGGAAGACGACGUCUUGCCGGACGGCUCGUUCAUCAAAAAGGGGUGGUUCAUAACGUACCACACGUACGCAAUGGGGAGGAUGGAGGCGAUAUGGGGGAAGGACUGCAGGGAGUUCAAGCCGCAGCGUUGGCUGGAGAGCGGAACGUGUCGGCAGGAGAGCCCGUUUCGGUAUCCGAUUUUCCAUGCCGGGCCGAGGAUGUGUUUGGGGAAAGAUAUGGCGUAUAUACAGAUGAAGUCGAUUGCAGCGUCUGUAAUAGAGAGAUUCCACGUGGACGUAGUGGAUGGAGACAAGUGUCCAGAGCAUCUGCUCUCGUUGACGCUUAGGAUAAAGGGAGGGCUGAGGGUGAGGAUCAAGCAGAGAUGUGUGGACAAGAUUCAGAGUUAGAACCGACUAAGUGUGUGUUACUGUAUAUAAAAUUAUAAAUUACAGAAUAAUAUCAGAGUUUUGUCUUGUCA